CUGGCCCCUCCCUCCAGCCCCCCGAGUCCGACCCCCCCCAUCGCUCUCUGUUCCCCGCCCCCGAGAAAGGGGCGCAAUGCGCCACCUCCCGGGGCUGGUUGUGUUUGACCUGGAUUACACCCUGUGGCCCUUCUGGGUCGACACCCACGUGGACCCCCCCUUCCAGCGGGACAGGGCUGGCUCGGUGUUGGAUGCCCGCGGCCGCCCCGUCCGGCUGUACCCCGAGGUGCCAGCUGUGCUGGAGCAACUGCAGGGCCUGGGCAUCCCCAUGGCAGCCGCCUCCCGGACGGGCGAGACCUGCGGCGCCACCCAGCUGCUGGAGCUCUUCGGUGUGCGGCGCUUCCUGCGCCGUGUGGAGAUCUACCCCGGGGGGAAGAGUGCCCACUUCCAGAGGCUGCAGCAGGACACCGGGGUCCCCUUCGCCCAGAUGCUGUUCUUCGACGACGAGGAGCGCAACAUCCGGGACGUCAGCAAGCUAGGUGUCACCUGCAUCCUGGUCCCCGAUGGAAUGACCCAGGCGCUCCUCACCCGGGGGCUGGAGGCCUUCGCUCGCUCCUGACGCCCCCACACCGGUGCCCCCCCCCGCGCCUCCCCCGCAAGGGGCAGAAUAAACUCCGGAGUGAUUGA